AGGGCACCUAUCCCCCCCUCCUCAUUGCACAUCAACUAAUUACUACUAUCUUUUGUCCAAAAAAAAACUCUGUUUAGAUUUUUCGAAGUGUUGAGCGACCUACCUCUUUCUUAAGAAAACUCCUCGGAUCCUCUGCGCGGUUAACUGCUACUGAAACGAAAUAUGAAAGUGUGGAAUGUAGUGGCAACAUGGGUUUGGUGGACUGCCCUGGUUGGACCAGCUUGGGUGUGCACGUCAACGGUAGAAGAUACUAAAUUGACACUCCGCUACAACACGGUGAGAUUCACCACCGAAAAUGCCAUCAAGGAAAGCUACACGCAGUUUAUGGAAGCUCUGCGAGAUCAAUUGGGAAGUGGAUAUGAGGCGCAUACAAUACCAGUGUUACGUGAUGUAUCCACAGUGGACACUUCCCAGCGGUUUCUUUUGGUGGAACUCACAAAUUUUGGAGAGGCAACCAUCACUCUAGCAGUAGAUGUCCAAAAUGCAUAUGUGGUGGCUUAUCAGGCGGGAGAUCAGUCCUACUUCUUUCGCGAUGCUCCUGAAGUUGCAUUUUCUAAUCUUUUCAAUGACACGCAGCAAUCGACGUUUAAUUUCACCGGUAGCUAUGUAGACCUUGAAGGCAGAAGCCGCCAAGACAGAGAGGACAUCGACCUAGGAAUCUUGGCACUAGAGCUCGCCAUCUCAUCACUUCGCAGGAGCAGCGCCGCCGCUGAAAGCACCAUAGCUCGUUCGCUCAUAGUUUGCAUCCAGAUGGUUUCAGAGGCAGCUCGAUUUAGAUAUAUCGAGCGACGGGUGCGCCAAAGCAUUACAAGCGCAGGAUACGAACACUUUCGCCCGGAUGCUGGCAUGCUCAGCCUCGAGAAUAACUGGGGAGCCCUCUCCUAUGCAAUCCAACAAUCCAAUCAAGGAGUCUUUUCCAGCCCAGUUCAAUUACAAAGACCUGACUAUACCUUUUUCAAUGUGGACAGUGCGACGUUAAGCAUUGUUAGAAACCUGGCACUCAUGUUGUUCGUAUGCAAUAUUAACCAAGCAUCAUCUCAGUUUUCUCCGCUUAUAAGAUCUGUCGUUGCCCCUGUGGAUGAUGACGAUGAUACUUGUGCAGAGCCGGAGCCCAUGAUACGCAUUGGCGGUCGAAAUGGUCUGUGUGUUGAUGUAAGGGAUGGACAAUACAAUGACGGAAACCCAAUACAGUUGUGGCCGUGUGAAUCUAAUACAGACGCGAAUCAAUUGUGGACUUUGAAAAGAGACGGGACAAUUCAAUCUAAUGGCAAGUGCUUGACCACCUAUGGGUAUAGUCCUGGAGUCUAUGUGAUGAUCUAUAAUUGCGAUACUGCCGUGACUGCUGCCACCCGUUGGCAAGUAUGGGACAAUGGAACCAUCAUAAAUCCCGAGUCCGCACUAGUCCUCAGCGCAGAGUCAGAGAAUGCUGGCACCACACUCACCGUGGAGACUAACAUCUAUGCUUCUCGUCAAGGCUGGCGUGCCUCCAAUAAUACAGAUCCUUUCGUGACGUCCAUUGUUGGGUUUAUGGAUCUUUGUAUACAAAGGAACGGGAACAAUGUGGGGUUAGGGGACUGUGUGAGUAACCAGACAGAUCAAAAAUGGGCUAUCUAUCCAGAUGGUUCAAUACGGCCUCAGCAGAACCAAAACGUCUGCCUCACCAGUAAUAAUCAUUCCCAAGGAAAGAAUAUCAUCAUUUUCGGUUGUAGUAAUGGGUGGUCUAGCCAACGCUGGGUGUUUACAAACGAUGGCGCCAUUUUGAAUUUGUACAACGGAAUGGUGAUAGACGUGAAAGAUUCCAAUCCAAUCCUCCAGCAAUUAAUAUUGUGGCCGUUCAAUGGGAAUCCUAACCAGAAGUGGCUUCCAAUGCUUUGAUUGCUCCCAUCUCUCUUGCGGUAGGUAUAUCUAGCCUACUAGCUAGUAGCUAAUAAAAUAAAAUGACAUCAAAUUAUUGUUGUCCGACAAUAAGUGCGCUCAAUCGUCGUUUGUGUAGUGGCCUACUUGGUUGUUUGUCAUUCCCUAUGUUUGUUUACAUGGGGAUAAAUUGCAUCCUUCGUUAUUGAAGUUGUCACUAAAUUUCACUUUAUGCGUGCCGUUUCUUUGAAAAAAAUAAAAAUAAAUAAUGUGAGUCUUUCGGCUGU